UGAGGAGCUCUGAGGAGAGAAUCUUGGGCUCUAAUCUCUUCUUGGACUAGCGGCCUGGGAGUGGCCUCCUGAAAUCUCUCUUAGGUCCACCCCUUCUCCCCGUGAAUGUUUGUUUCUCGAGGACUAAACUUAAAGGCCAUUGGUCAUCCGUGGCAAGUUAGGCAGACUCCUCGGAGUCGUUGUCAAACUUAACUCGAGAACGCGACUUUUGUGACGCGGGCCAGGUAUUGCUGCGGAGGGUGUUCUCGUUAGCAUCCAAUUUUCUGUAAACAGCAAUAAUAAAAGUCUGCAACUUUUUGCAAAAGAGCUGUGCUACAUGGAUUCUCUACCAGAAUUUUUUGUGAGUGAUCCUGAUUUGGAAGAUGAGACUAAGGAAGAAACUGAGUAUAACUUAGAGAAAUCAAUUGAUCAACUGGACAAAUCUGAAAAGGAUGCACUUACUGAACUUGUCCCUGUUAACCUACUGUUAGAAGUGAAAAAGUUACUUAAUGCUAUUAGUACUCUACCACAAGGUGUGGUUCCUCAUAUUGAGAAGUUCUUAGAAGAAGAUUUUUCCUUCCAGACUAUGCAGAGAGAACUUGCAGCUAGCAGCCAGAAUGAGGAAGAAAUUGUUCCUGUUUUGACUUUACACUUUCUGAUAACACAACUGGAAGUAGCACUUAGGAACAUUCAGGCUACUAAUUAUAGAGCACAUCAGAUUAAUAUUGGAUAUUAUUUGACAUUGCUAUUUUUGUAUGGAGUUGCACUCACCGAAAGAGGAAAGAAGGAGGAUUAUACAGAAGCUGAGAACAAAUUUCUGGUGAUGAAGAUGGUGAUCCAAGAAAAUGAAAUUUGUGAAAACUUUAUGUCUUUAGUUUAUUUUGGGCGUGGCUUGCUUCGAUGUGCUCAGAAGAGAUAUAAUGGUGGACUGCUAGAAUUUCAUAAAAGCCUACAGGAAAUUGGAGAUACAGACGAUCAGUGGUUUGACAUAGAUUCUACAGAAGAUGAAGAUUUACUUAACACAUUUAAAGAUCUUCUUCACAGUUUUAUUAAGACAACUGAAAGUAAUAUAAUGAAGCAAAGCAUUUGUAGUUAUCUAGAUUGUGAACGAUCUUGUGAAGCAGACAUUUUAAAGACCAACAAUUAUAAGGGUUUUUUUCAGUUAAUGUGCAGUAAAAGCUGCUGUGUUUAUUUCCAUAAAAUUUGUUGGAAAAAAUUCAAGAAUUUAAAAUUCCCAGGUGAAAAUGAUCAGAGUUUUAGUGGGAAGAAAUGUUUGAAGGAAGGAUGUACAGGUGACAUGGUAAGGAUGCUACAAUGUGAUGUACCUGGAAUUGUUAAAAUUUUGUUUGAAGUUGUGAGAAAGGAUGAAUAUAUAACCAUUGAAAAUUUAGGAGCAAGUUAUAAAAACUUGAUGUCUCUGAAAAUAACUGAUACUGAUAUAAGACCGAAGAUCAGUUUAAAAUUUAGUGCAAAAGAUGAAAUGCCUAUCUUCAAACUUGAUUAUAAUUAUUUUUAUCAUCUGCUUCAUAUAAUUAUUAUUUCUGGUACUGACACUGUCCGGCAAAUAUUUGAUGAGGCUAUACCACCCCCUCUUUUGAAAAGAGAGCUUCUUAUACACAAGAAUGUGCUGGAACCCUACUACAACCAUCUUUGGACUAAUCACCCUUUGGGUGGAGCAUGGCAUCUGCUUUAUCCCCCAAACAAGGAACUUCCACAGUCCAAACAGUUUGACUUAUACCUCUUGUUAGCUCUCAUAAAACAUUUGAAUGUAUUCCCUGCACCCAAAAAAGGCUGGAAUAUGGAACCACCAUCUUCUGAUCUCUCUAAGUCUGCAGACAUCCUGAGGCUGUGCAAAUACAGGGAUAUCCUCCUUAGUGAGAUUUUGAUGAAUGGUCUCACUGAGUCACAAUUCAAUUCAAUUUGGAAAAAAGUUUCAGAUAUUCUUCUGCGCCUUGGAAUGAAGCAAGAGGAUAUUGACAAAGUGAAGGAGAAUCCCAUUGAGAAUAUCUCCCUUGAUUACCAUCAGCUGUCCAUCUACCUUGGCAUACCAGUACCAGAAAUCAUCCAGAGGAUGUUAUCCUGCUAUCAACAAGGAAUUGCUCUACAGUCAAUAACAGGCAGUCAAUGCAUUGAAAUAGAAGAGUUGCAGAAUGAAGAAGAAGAACUAAGUCCACCACUUAUGGAGUACAAUAUAAAUGUGAAAUCAAACCCUGAAAUACUGUUAGCAGAAAUGAAUAGAGAUACGGCAUCGAUAUUCAGUGAAUCUUCAACAGAGUCUCUUAAAGAUCUUCAGGAAGUUAAGAGUAAGCCAAAGAAAAAGAAGACUAAGAAUAAAAAGUUCUGGAGACUGGGAAGUCCAUCAGGGUGCCAGCAGAUCCAGUGUCUGAAUAAGGAAUUAGCAGAAGAACUGGUCCCAAAUAUGAUAGAAAUUGAAGAGCAAUUGACAAGAGAGCAAGCAAAUCUAUACCAAGAUUAUAGACUUAUGAAUGACGAUGCAAGUGAUAUUCAAGAAGAUUCUGCAACUGAAGAAAAGUCCUAUAGUCUGGAUGAAUUGCAUAUUCUGGACAUGAUAGAGCAGGGCUCAACCAGCAAGUUAACAGAAUAUGGAGAAACUGAGAAAGAAAAACUUGCUCGACAAAGGCAACUUUAUAAAUUGCACUCCCAGUGUGAAGAUUUCAAAAGACAGUUGAAAGCAGUGACACUUAGGUGGCAAGAAAACCAAAUUCAGAUAAAAAAGAAAGACAAAAUCAUUGCAUCUCUUAACCAACAAGUGGCUUUUGGAAUCAAUAAGGUUUCCAAAUUGCAACGUCAGAGCCAUGCUAAAGAUAAUGAAAUCAAGAACCUUAAAGAGCAACUUUCUAUGAAAAGAUCUCAGUGGGAAAUGGAGAAGCAUAAUCUGGAAAGCACAAUUAAAACAUAUUUAAACAGAUUGAACACAGAAACGAGCAGAGCUAUAAAUGCUGAGGUUUAUUUCUUACAAUGUCGUAGAGAUUUUGGUUUGCUUCAUCUGGAGCAGACAGAAAAGGAAUGCCUCAAUCAACUUGCCAGAGUGACUCACAUGGCAGCAAGCAACCUAGAAUCACUUCAGUUAAAGGCUGCUGUGGACAGUUGGAAUGCCAUUGUGACAGAUGUUAGAAACAAGAUUGCAUUCCUUAGGACACAGUACAAUGAACAGAUCAACAAGGUGAAACAAGGGUUUCCUUUGAGUACCUUGCCUCCAAUCCAACUUCCUCCCCCACCACCCAGUCCUGAUAUACUGAUGCAGCAGUUCUUGGGAAGACCUGUUUUGAAACAGCCUUUCUUUAGACCCGUACUUACUGUUAAUCAGAUGCCUGCAAUUUGUCCUGGAAUCAUCUCUACCCCUGGCCAACCUCGAGCACCCAUGAUGACUGGUAUAGCCUGGACUGUGCCAGCACCUGUUGCAGAAGCUGUGCCUCCCAGUGCUGUUUUGGGAAGUGAUUCCACCUUGGUGAAUUGGGAAAGGAUUAUAGAUAGGCUGAAAACUACCUUUCCUCAGCAAAGCAGAAAAGAGCUUACAGAUUUGUUACGGAAAUUGAAGGAUUCUCAUGAGAAGUCCUUAUCUGGAAUGACAUUUGAUGAAAUUGUUUAUAAGAUUGCCCAAUUUAUUGAUCCCAAGAGAUCUCAGAGUAAGGGACAAUCAGUUCCAAAUGGUAAUUGUGUUUCACCCAGCCAUACUCCACCACAGUCUAAUGCUUCCCAGACCCCUAAAUCAUCCUGGAGAUCCCUCAGUUCACAAGAUUCUGACACGUGGGAAGAAGCCAAUAAUGUGGAGGAAGAUGAGGAUGAAGAGGAGCCUUGUGUAAUCUGUCAUGAGAACCUCUCUCCAGAAAACCUCUCAGUGUUGCCUUGUGCUCAUAAAUUCCAUUCUCAGUGUAUUAGACCUUGGUUGAUGCAGCAGGGGACAUGUCCAACUUGCAGACUCCACGUUUUGCUACCAGAAGAGUUUCCUGGUCAUGCCAGCCAGCAUUUGCCCAAGAUCUGAUACAUGGGGGUGAUUAUGCAGCAGUUGUUCAGUUUUCAUACUCCAGAAUUUAGUUUUGCCUUUUUUACUAUAAGCUCAUAGUGUGAAGAAUGUGUAGCUAUGUUUUUUUUCAGUAUUAUUCAAAAGACGCUUGAUAAUCUCAUCAAAGCUGUGGCCAAAGAAGACAGGACACAUCUUCAGGAUUUGUGAUGGAAUUUUAAAAGUUAUAACUCAGUAGGUUUUCUUUUCCAACAUCAAUAUGAUAACUUACUAUAUAUAUCAAUAUGUCUUUCUUAUUUCUCCUUAUUCCACUUUCUUUUCCUUUAGUUUUUCCCAGAUAUAUAUUUUAAUUUCUUGAAUUUUAAUGAAUGAGGAAGAAUUUACUUAAAAUUCAUUUCAAGUAGGAGUAUUUUAGAUUUUAGUGGUCUCUCUAGCUUUUAGCACCGCUUAUAAAAAUAUAAUUUCACAUUUUAUCUCUAUUCUGUCAUCUAAAAUAUGUACUCACUAGAGGGUACUAAAUGGUGGUGACUGUAUAAAAGUUGUUAGAAAUGGCUUAUUAGUAAAGUUUCAGGAAUAUUGUGAUCCAUUUGUCAAAGUGUUGGUGGGUUGAAAUCUGUCAAAGUGAGAAUAUUUCUAUGCCAUAAAUUAGUAUAUAUUUAAGUAAAAGAUUUUUCUUUCAAGAGCUGAACAUUUAUUAACAUACUGCUGGACCAUUUCUGAUCCUUUGUUUUCCCAACUUUUAUGGAUGCAGUAUAAACAUUCCCAGAAUCAGAAAUCAGAAACUAGUCAGAAAAGGACUUAUGGUACAAAUGAAGUUACAGAAUAGUUGGGAUUUUAUUUUGAUUUAUGAGUUUAUCCUUUGGAUUUCAAUCAUUUGUAGUUGGAGGGUUUUUUUCCCCUGCCUUAAAAUUUUCUUAUCUCAUAUUUUAAUUCUGAGAUGUAUUGAGGACUGUUCAUGUAUAAUUGACUUUUAUGACGAUGUUAUUAUACAUUGGGCUAAAUUUCAUAUCUCAAGUUUGUCACUUAGAAAUUUCACUCGAGGCAAAAAACUAUUUUGGAAAUAGUCUCAUGUAAAUGUUGUAAGUGUUGUACAUGUCUCUAGUAACAAAAUUAAGUACCUUGUAGACAAAUAAUGGUCCAUAUUCUUUUCAAAAAAUUAAUGAAAUUGAGACUGUGAAUAAAUGUUUCCUGCUUCAGCAACUAUUUUGUGUAUUUCAAUGUAAAUGUAUUUUGAAGUUAUUUUAAAUCUUUUUAAUACUGCCAUUUCUCUAAGUUAGUGCUAAAUGUCAUCUUCUAUAAUAAGAAUAAACUGGAAAUUUCCAAAAAUGAAGGAUGUCAUCUCAACUUGUAUAAAGACAGGUAUUACAGAAUUCAGAAUGUAGGGCCUUUAAUAAUUAUCAACCUCAAUGCCAUAGUCAUAUAGCAGAUUAUCUUAUGAGAUGACUGUUUCUAAGUUUUUGUUUACAAAAGCAGUUUCACUUUCAUGUGGAAAAGAAUAAAUGUUUAAUUAAAAAAUCUGUUU